GUGAAGGGCUCGUGUCACGCGAAUUGAACUGUACAGGACAGGUAAAUAACAUCCUCUUGGACCCAGCAAGCGCUUAUUUGUACCGUGAAAAACAUCAGCGAACGUGCCGCUAGUCGAAGUGAGUCAGGCACCGUGAACAUCAACGUCAGCACGAUGGCAUCCCUUUCUCAGACAAAGGAAAUCUUCAGGAGAGCAGAGGCAGUCUGUUUUGAUGUGGACAGCACAGUUAUCAAAGAGGAGGGCAUAGAUGAACUGGCAAAAUUUUGUGGUGUAGGGGAUGCAGUCACAGAAAUGACUCGCAGAGCUAUGGGUGGCUCGAUGACAUUCAAAACAGCCCUGACAGAGCGUCUCUCCAUCAUCCGCUGCUCCAGAGAACAAGUGAACAAACUUAUUACCGAUCACCCACCUCAGCUGACUCCAGGUAUCAGGGAGCUUGUGGAUCGUCUACAUCAGCGCAACAUAAAGGUUUUCCUCAUUUCAGGCGGCUUCCGCUGCAUCGUUGAACAUGUGGCCACCCAGCUUAACAUUCCUCUACAUCAUGUCUACGCCAACUGCCUCAAGUUCUACUUUAAUGGAGAGUUUGCUGGUUUUGACGAGACUCAGCCCACAGCUGAGAGUGGUGGAAAGGGGAAAGUCAUCAGCAUGCUGAAGGAACAGUAUGGCUUUAAGACCGUGGUGAUGAUUGGAGAUGGAGCCACUGAUCUAGAGGCCUGUCCUCCUGCAAGUGCUUUCAUUGGAUUUGGAGGAAACGUGAUCAGGCCUCAGGUUAAGGAGAGAUCUUCGUGGUACGUCACAAGUUUUGGGGAGCUGAUAGAAGAGCUGGAAAAGAUUUAAAUACUCUGAAAUAGCAUGAUCACUAAUUUUAACCUUUUUUAUUAUUGCACCCAAGGGUGUGCCUCUUAUGGUUUUAUCCAGUGCACGUUUUCCUUUCAACUCUGAAUAGAUUUUUAUAAAAAAGAACAUGUUUACACUAGUAAGACAAAUUGUACAUUCACAGGGAUGUUACUUGUUGCUUUGUAUAUUAGAAGCUACUAAAGAAAUAACCAAACACUGUCUAUGUGGAGGUUAAGAACAUUAUUUUAGAUGUUUUUUGCACUUUUUCCAUCAAAGGCUUUAGGCAAGCUAAUACAUUUCCUUCAUGUUAUGGCAAGUGCAAUGAGCGUUAGAGAUGUUUUAAUUCUGUAAGGGUACUCAAAGCUGUAACCAGAUGUGUCAGUGAGUGUGUAAAGAACAUCAGCAUUAAACAAAUAACUAUGUUGUCAGCAAA